AUGGCGUGUACUGCUGCCAACGGAGCUUACAGUUGUGGCAACUCAGAAGAUAAAAUAACUGUUCAUUUCAUAAAUCGUGAUGGUGACAAACUAACGGCCAAAGGAAAACCUGGGGAUUCACUGCUGGAUGUUGUUGUUGAUAAUAACCUAGACAUAGAUGGUUUUGGUGCAUGUGAAGGAACGCUAGCCUGUUCAACUUGUCAUUUAAUCUUUGAAGACCACAUAUUUGAGAAACUAGAUGCAAUUACUGAUGAAGAGAUGGACAUGCUGGACCUGGCAUAUGGCCUCACAGAAACAUCACGUUUAGGCUGCCAAAUCUGCUUGAAGAAAUCGAUGGAUGAUAUGACUGUUCGAGUACCAGAAGCUGUUGCUGAUGCUAGACAAUCAGUAGAUAUGAGUAAAAACUCCUAAGAGAAAAUAUCUUAGGGGUUUUAAAGAAGGUUAAUUAUUUUUAUAACUUAUUUUUAAAUGUGUAAUUAAAUAUGGAAACUUACAUAAUUGUGAGUUAUUUUAUAUGAAUAUCGAUAUUAGAUUAAUGCUAUUUUAAUUUUCUUUAUAGAACCUCCUAUAUUUUUAUGCUUAAAAUGCAAUAAUACUUCUUAUAACUGAUCAUUGGAUUAUAAACUUUAGCAGGUGUAUUACAGAUUUCACGUAACAUUAUUCUGCCAAAACCUUUAAUGAUGUUUGAAAACUGGAUCACUUCUGCAAGACUUCUAAAAACCCCUGGGCAUUUCUAGGUUUCGGACCUGGAUAUGUGGGAGAACAAAACUUGUAAGACUGCAUGGGGUCUUUUUAAAGUGUUGUCAUUAAAGAUGGUAUGUUCAGAGCUAAUUUACGUUCUCAGUAAAUAUGAUACUUACUCAGCAAAUAGUGGAUUUUCAGGGUAGGGAUUUUCCAAAUGUGGAAUCUAAAUGAGAUGUGGCAAAUUUUGUCUUGCAAAAAUACUGUUAAAACCAUGAAAUCCAGGGGCCGAUACAGAAUGUUUGCACCUACAGCUUAAUGGCUGCAGUGCAUCUCUGGUGCCCAAAUCGGAAGUCAGUAAACCUCAACAGUAUUUACAUUUGACU